ACCAGCACCCGCUUGGUCUCUCUGUGGCUCUCUUCAGUGUAUGUGCCCCCGAGUCCAUUCUCAAAGAAGCGCUUUCUGUGUACUCCUCGCGUGCUGUCUGGCUAUCACAAAGCACAGCCUUUUCCCAAAUAAGUGAGAAAAGAAGUCAACGGGGAAAGCCAUUCUCAACGGCGGAAUUUCCCUGUGAAUUAUAGAGUGAGAAUAGCGCGUGGGGGUGGACUAUACAGAGGAUAUCUCAGUGAAUAUUAAUAAUAUUGAUAUAUCGGGUAUAUAUAUAGUGAUUGUCGAUUGACACUGUGAGAAUUUAUUGUGAACAUUCUGUGUGUGUUUUACAUGUGAAAAUAAGGGGGAGUCAAAGCGAUAGUUUGCCGAGCGAUAAAUUUGCGAUAAAUUUUCGGUGGAGCGCAUUUUCCAUGAAUAUACCAUUUGUAUUCAACGCAUUUACCACCCCCUCGUCAAUUGACUCAAAUACUACACGCUUUAUGAUACAUAUGCAAUCAUCAUAAUUCUAUCAGACAUUUCUCGAAUUUCAUUCUAUCCCAUGAGUGCCUCUAAUCAUUUGUAAAACUACGAAUUGGAGUAUUUUUGCUACACUUAUCGCCAAUCUAUACAUAAACGUGUGGGAGGAAAACAGGCUGAGAGCGCGGUGGAAAGGAGUUGAGUGGAAGCAGAAGGAGAGCAAAAGCAUUUAUUAUUACUUUCCACUACAUUUACAUUGUGGCACCGAAUGUAUAUUCAUUCUUCACGCGAUAAGCCCCAAUCAAUUCUUCUUGUAAGACGUGAGAGCACAUCAGAUAGAAAAUUAUUGAGGAGAGACCAGAACGGAAGGUGGAGAGUGUAAAGAAAGCCUCUAAAGCUAAAUUCCAUGUCGGGUGAAGGGAGACCGUGAACCAUAUAUUGAUAUUUAUAUUUACCAACAAUAUACAUGUAUGUAUGUACAUAUGAAUGAGAAGGAUCCAUGUAUAGAUAUAAAUAAGUAUAUACAGUGUGAUACACCUGAGUGAAGGAGAGUAAGAGAAAUAACAGAGAACAAGUGAACUGGAGUGAAGAGCAAGGAGAGGCACUUCAUCCUUAAUGAAGUCACAUCGCAAUCUAUAUAUCCAAAAAGCGAUAUCAAGAUCCAAGAAUUUUCCACAGCACAAGACUUGUUGUAACUCUCCAGGCAUGAAUUUACACUCGUAAAGGUGAUGAGCAAUUUACCGUGCAAAUCCACAUCACAAAACUUGCUCCCGUGCUGUUGAACAUCUCAAAGAAGCUCCCACACCGUCGAGCUUUCUCUGGUGGACUGACAACUCCAUGCAACUAGCAAUCAAAGUGAUAAGAUAUUUGCUCUCACAUGUGAGUCGUUUUUUCUGCCAUCCCCACGUUUGCUAAAUGAAUUCACCAAACUAUAUGUUUAUUGUUGAGUGAAGUAGGAGCUCCUCAAACAUGCUCGUCUUGACGCUCAAGAUUACAUAGGCUAUUUGUGUUAACUCCCGAGUGGGGAGAGUGGAGGAGAGAGAAAAAAAAUAUAAGUAAAUAAAUCAUAUAGAAGGAAUGAAGAAUCUCCCGAUUUCAUCUCGAGAUACUGCGCCAGAGUGGGAAUCCUUUUGAAGAAGUUCGUGUGGAAGCGGCCGAGAAAAAAGACCAUGGAUAAACAUGAUAGAAAUUAGAUGGAGUGGAACUAGUGAAGGAAAAAAAUUGAUGAUGGUGGAAAAAUGUAAUUUUAAUGUGAACAUAUAUACACUCCUCUGGACUGAGCCGUGAAGCGAGGCAAAGAGGAAUAUCACAACACAAUCAUAAUCGCAAUUGUGAAGGAAUUUAAUCGCUUCUCUUAGAAACCUUUCUAAAUGUACACUUACUAAUUAUAUGUAUACUAUGGAAACUCACGACAAUCAAUCUAUGCAAUCACUAUUCUUAUCAUCGUCUGUGUCUUCUCUACUCUUUCAACUUCAAUCGGGUAUGAAUAAUUUCACCCUACCCGUGGACAUUGAGCCAUUCAUGGCCUUCAACAAUAAUGGUUUCAUCGAUACCACCGUACCCAUUCACAUACCAUCGCGGACACCACUCUUAUUCCUCAUAAAAUCCUUUAUUAUAUGCCUAAUCAUCCUCGCAGCAAUUUUUGGGAAUCUCCUUGUCAUUGUGAGCGUCAUGAGGCACCGAAAAUUGAGGGUGAUAACAAACUACUUUGUUGUGUCACUUGCGAUGGCGGAUAUGCUGGUGGCUUUGUGUGCCAUGACAUUCAAUGCCUCUGUGGAAAUCUCUGGCCGAUGGCUCUUCGGAUCGUUUAUGUGCGACGUCUGGAACAGCCUCGAUGUGUACUUCUCCACAGCCAGCAUCCUCCAUCUGUGCUGCAUCUCCAUGGACAGAUACUAUGCAAUUGUCCAGCCACUGGAUUAUCCAUUAAUAAUGACGUCGUCCAGAGUGUGGUGCAUGCUGACGAUAGUGUGGUUGUCGCCAGCAUUGCUGUCCUUCGUGCCAAUUUUUCUUGGAUGGUACACCACGCAAGACAAUCUCGAGUACUUGAAGCAUCAUCCCGAUGUCUGUGAAUUCACUGUGAAUACUUCCUAUGUCCUUAUUAGCUCGUCUGUAAGUUUCUGGAUACCCGGAUUCAUGAUGUGCGUCCUGUACUACAAGAUAUAUCAGGAGGCAGAUCGUCAAGAGCGAAUGCUCUAUAGAUCAAAAGUUGCAGCUCUGUUGCUGGACAAGCACCUGCAGAUUAAUGGAAUUGCCGUGGCGGGACAGCAGAACAUCCAACCGAUAGAGCCAAUUGCCAGCUCGAAGAUGAGGCGGGAACGCAAGGCGGCCAGAACGCUGGGCAUCAUUAUGAGUGCCUUUCUCGCGUGCUGGCUCCCCUUCUUCCUCUGGUACGUCAUUCACGUGCUGUGCGGCGACCACUGCUCCACCCCCAAGACAGUUGUUGUGGUUGUCUUCUGGAUCGGCUACUUCAAUUCGGCCCUCAAUCCCGUCAUUUACGCAUACUUCAACCGAGAAUUCCGUGCCGCUUUCAAAAAGACUCUGCAGAGUUGCUGUCCACUUCCGAAAAUCAAUUGCCACCGUCUGCACGAUCAAACAGGGCAAGUACACUCCACCGUGUCCUCGGAAAUCCACAUGGGAAUGAUUAAUUGAUAAAAAAUGGAAUUGAUGUCGAUUAAUAAGAUUAGGCGUUAAGUAAUUGAUUAUAUGUCUUUUAAUGUAACUAUUAAGGAAUUAUAGAGGUAAUUUAUUGAGGCUCAUGUAGAUUCAUAAUGAGUAAUUUUUAGGCGUAAGGUGAAGAAAGAUAUUACAUAUCUUUUACAAAGAAUGGCAAAUAUAGCGAGGUAAUAGUAAAUAGCGAGAGAGCCGAAUGUGUAUUUACAAUCCAUGUUAAUUGUUACAGAUUGUUAUGAUAUAUUUGGACUUAUUGUACAUGUACAGUAGAUUGUGAUAAAAUGUAUUUAUUUACUAAGCUUCAGAUGUAUUUUAUGAGAGAGCAAUACUCUGUGAAAAUAAAGACAGAAAAAAAAUAUCAGAAAGGGAAAAAUCAAUAUCCUCAAUUUCCCUUUUGCCAACAUAAUUGAACUUCCUCCGAAAUAUUCAUUUCGAUUGCCCGAUAUGUGACGGAAAAAUUUCAAAAAUACCCGGAAUUUGCAGUCUGUAAGAGAUUUUUUUUUUUAAUAAAAAUAUUCAAUAAAACACAUUGAGCUCAAUUUCAGCUAUGAAAUGUUUUUAAUUAAAAUAC